UUUUUUUCCUCUGAAAGAAUAAGAAGAGCUUGGUAGCAUUUAAGAUCAUGCCUCUGGAAAACAUGAAUGAGUUCACCACACACCUACUGGAAAUUGUCAAUGCACACAUGAUCCUCAGAAAAAAUCUUAUGUCAGCAUCAAGAAUGCCACAGUCAUUUUCCUCUGCUGGGAUCAGUGACAUGGGGGGCUACGGAGGAGGUGGCAGCCUGCCAGUGAACGGGCUCACGGCGCACCAGAGCCAGGUGCUGAACUUGAUCAAAAGCUGCCGUGUCCCAGAGGGGAUGAGUCUGCAAGACUUGAAGCUCCAGCUCCACAGCAUGAGUAUGUCAACAAUCAA